UUUCGAGAUACCAAUGUGUUCAAGUGUUGUCGACUCGCUCACCGUGCGUGAGGUUUAUCCUUCUUGACCACCAGUGACCGAGGAAUUAUUCGGUGACCUACACCGCUCUGGUGAGGUUUCACCUUUCUGCCAACCCUACCAAAUACAGAGGUGCGCACCUCAGUCAAGACCGCACCCUUGCUUCCAGAAAACAGCGACACCAUGGACGACCAGAUCGAGUUCGACAUUAACGAGUCCCUGAAGCUGUAUCUCAGUGAUGCAGCGACCAUUCCGACGCCAGAUGCCAACCCCGAAUUGCUCGACUGCGAGAAUGAUCCCGAGAGUCUCACACCGCCCCUCGUUAACAAUGUGCUGGACCCAGUAAUAGACGCAAUCGCAGAGAACCCUGAAGCGUUGGCAAGAAGUUCGGUCUUUGAUACCCUACAGUUUUUGUUAAAACAAUCUUCGGCCCUUUCCACCCAGUCACUGGGCAAGAUCCUCCAUCUGAUCGUUUCCGGCCUCUCGAAUACUGCAGAAGUUGCAAAUCACGAUAUCGAGAAUGACGAGCAAGAGACAAUACCCCAACACAAGCGACUCCUUGAGAUGUACGCCUUUCUGCUUCAAUGGGCUAUUUCUGGAGUCGAGGCGAAAGCGCUGGAGAAGUCAACUACAGCUCCGGCAAGAAGAGGGGGGAAAGGUGCAAAAUCGAAAUCGGCUGCAAAGGAAGAUGCUUGGGAUUCAGCUGGCCAAAUACAGAGCGCCAUGGAUGUUAUGUGUCGAGCCAUGAAGCUCAAGUUGAACAGGAUCUUCCAGACCACUUCCGACAGGGACACCUUCAUCAACCUAUUCACAAGGUCCGUAUACCUAAUCAUGGAGAGCGAGGCGAGAGUGAAGAUUAAUGCAGUCCGCAUGUUCUGCUUCAAGGUGCUUUGUGUGGCUGUCAAGCACCAUGGACAUGCUCUGGGAGCGCAGACAUCAAUCGUGCAGAACCUGACAUAUUUUGAGCAUCUGUCUGAGCCGAUGUCCGAAUUCCUCCACAUUCUAGCUGAACAAUACGACCAUCACCAACUGUCCGCGGAAAUCCUUAGAGAGUUGGCAGCAAAAGAGUUCAGCCAAAGCGACACGAAGGGCCCAAAAUCGGUAUCAGCGUUCAUUAUCAAGCUGUCUGAACUCGAGCCGCGACUAGUGAUCAAAGAGAUGGGUCUGCUUGCCAAGUUCCUUGACAGCGAGUCGUAUACUCUGAGAUGUGCGGUCAUCGAAGUCUGCGGAAAUCUGCUGGCUGAUCUGAGCAAGCAAGAAGAGAAGAACGAAACCACCAAGAUCCAGAUCAAUGCCUUCUUCGACACCUUGGAACAACGUUUCCUGGAUACUGCUCCUUUUUGCAGAGUCAAAGCCAUUCAAGUCUUUACCAAAAUCUGUGACUUGGAGCAGAAAUUUCCGAAGCGACGACAACAUGCUGCAGAACUUGCGAUGCAGAGUCUGCAGGACAAAAGCAGCAAUGUGCGGCGAAAUGCGGUUAAACUGCUGAGGAAGCUCGUCGCUUCGCAUCCAUUCAGCGUGAUGCAUGGCGGACAGCUUUCGCGCAAGGAUUGGGUGGAUCGACUAGAUGCCGUCGAGGCUCAGUUGGACGCCCUGCAGCCUCCGCCAGAAUCGCCUGGUGUGGCGCAGACAGCCAAUGGAGAACAAAGAGUCGACGAAGCACUUCUGGAUGAUGCCACGCAGAACCCCGACUCCCAGAAUGCCGAUGAACAAAUGAACGAGAUGACGGAGGAGAAGAAGAUCGAGGCGCUCAAGAAGACUCAAGAAGAGGCGGCGACGUCUGAAGUCCUGGGCAAGCUCCAGUUGACUCGCAAAUACUACCUGGAGGCACUGAGAUUUAUCGACGUGAUUCACGAUGCCUCUGAGAUUGCAGUCCAGUUAUUGUCGUCGCCGAACAAGACCGAGGUCAUCGAUGUAAUGGACUUUUUUGUGACCAUUGAUGCUUUCAAGGUCGAAACAGCUCGCAAGGGCAUCCGACGCAUGCUACGCCUGAUAUGGACCAAAAGCAACAGCGACGAGGGAAAAGGAGUCCAAACCCAUUUGAUCGAUAAUUACAGAGGCCUGUUCUUCGACGCCCCUGACAUGUUCAGCCCCAAUGAUGCCGCAAAUUUCGUCGCUCGGAACAUGAUCAGCUUGACUUUUGGCGCAACGCCGGCGGAGUUGACUUCACUUGAACAACUGUUGGCUACCAUGUUCAAAGCCGGUCACAUUUCUGACAUGGUAGUGUCGAAGCUGUGGCAGGUGUACGGAGUGAACAAGGAGAUCUCCAGGGCCCAGCGAAGAGGUGCCAUCAUCGUGCUCGGAAUGAUAGCGUUUGCCAAUCCCGAAGUUGUCAUCAAAGAGAUCGACACCAUGCUGAGGAUCGGUUUAGGGCAGCUUGGAAGGCAGGACUUUGUUCUGGCCAAGUUUACCUGUGUUGCACUCCGCCGCAUGGUCCCGGCUGCCAAAAAAUCCCAAGAAAAGACUGCUUCAGCGGGGCUAUCGAGAAUGCCCAAUAACCACGAGGUGUUGCAAAUGCUCGCCUCAAUCCUCUUGACCACCUCAGCGAGCAAAGACUGGUAUGGGAUGGCAGAGCAAGCAAUUGGAGCCAUCUAUAUUCUGUCAGAUCAUCCCGACAGCUUGUGCUCUGAAGUCCUGAGACAGAAGACUAGGCUCGUAUUCCAACAGACGAAGAACUUGUCUUCGCUGUCAAGGACACCAAGUCCGGAACCAGAGCCUGAUGCCAUGGAUGUUGACGACGAAGAGGAGGCACCCAACCCAGAAUCUGACCCACAACAAUCGGAAGCACCGAAGGCAGGACAAGAGAAGCCCUCGAUUGCUCUAUCAGAGUUGCUAUUCACAGUCGGCCAUAUUGCGGUCAAACAGAUUGUUCAUCUGGAACUGUGUGAGCUCGACUUCAAGCGACGAAAACAGGAGCAAGAAAAGAACAAGCCUAUUAACAAUCCCUCACCAGAAAAAUCUUCUGGGCCGACGCCUGUUCGCAGGAAGAAGACGGCUGCCGAGGAAGUUUUGGCUGAGAAGCAAAAAGAAGAAGAAAAGGACGAGCUUGACAUGAUUGGUGGCACAACUGAAGACGAUUUCACCGAAGCCAUUGCUCAUAUCCGAGAACGAGAGCUUCUUUAUGGGCCAAAUUCCUUGCUGGCAAACUUCGGACCCCUGGUGACGGAAAUUUGCGCCAACAACACAGCAUAUAAAGACCGCGAGCUCCAAGCUCAAGCGACUCUGUGUCUGGCGAAGCUGAUGUGUGUCAGUAGCGAGUACUGCGAGAAGAACCUACCGCUUCUGAUCACUAUUCUCGAGCGGUCGACCGACCCCAUCGUCAGAUCGAAUGCUGUGAUAGCACUAGGUGACAUGGCCGUUUGCUUCAACCACCUUAUCGACGAGAACACGGAUUUCUUGUACAGACGCCUGAAUGAUGCGGAUGAGAGUGUCAAGCGGACCUGCUUGAUGACGUUGACCUUCCUGAUCUUAGCUGGACAAGUCAAAGUGAAGGGUCAAUUGGGUGAGAUGGCCAAAUGUCUCGAAGAUGGAGACAAGAAGAUCGCAGACCUGGCACGCAUGUUUUUCACCGAGUUAGCGACCAAGGACAACGCUGUGUACAAUCAGUUUGUUGAUAUGUUCAGCGUACUUACCCAGGAAGGUCCUUUGGAUGGUGGAGUCAUGGAAGAGGAGGCUGUCAAGAGAGUCCUGAAGUUCUUGUGUGGAUUCAUUGAAAAGGAUAAGCACGCAAAGAACCUGGCCGAGAAGCUUGCUGCUCGACUCGGCCGAUGUGUAAACAAGCGGCAAUGGGACGAUACCGCAUAUGCAUUGUCACUGCUGCAGCACAAGAACGAAGAUAUUGCGAAGAAAUUGGCCGAAGGGUAUAGAGUCGUCGAGACGGAGGCAUAAAAUCACUGCUCUACAUGAUAUUAUGAGGUUAUGAAUGGGUCCAGCCAGGGGUGUACAGCAGAAGAUCGCCAGGCGCUUUGGAGUUGGGAGACUCACCAGGACUACUAGGUAUUCAGGAAUUGGGAUAUGAAGUGUUCAUUUUUGGGCUGGGGACAUUCUCAGAAUCCCGAGCGCUUGGUUGGUUUCAUGAUGCAUUCAUUAUAUAUGAAUUUCAAUAACACGGCAUUGCCGACGAACCGCAGCAUGGCUUGCCU